AUAUAAGCGUAGUACACUACCUUACCUUUGGUGAAAAAUCUCAUUUGAUGGAAACGGAUAUCGGUGGAAACAGGAAAAGGGAAAGGUACAUUUUUGAUGGAAACGUGUUACGCUCGUUUAAACAUUGUGCUAUAGUCAUUCUGUUAUUGAUCGCUCUCCGUACGUGUAGGAAACCAAAAAACUAUCCACCAGGGCCAAAAUGGAUACCGUUUGUGGGAAAUACGUAUCAAUUAGCUAAAUUAUCGUCUAUCAAAGGCGGCCAAUAUUUAGCUUUCGAGGAGCUCCGUCAAAGAUAUAACUCUGAUAUCAUUGGGUUGAAAUUAGGACGUGAAUACGUCGUUAUUGUGUUUGGAAACGAUUUAUUGAGUGAAACGCUUCAUAGAGACGAAUUUCAAGGUCGGCCUGAUAAUUUUUUUAUGAGACUCCGGACACUGGGUAAACGUAGAGGUAUAACAAUGACUGACGGAAAUCUUUGGAAAGUACACAGAUCGUUUGCGGUCAGACAUUUGAAGUUACUUGGUUUAGGACAAAGAAGGGUGGACGAAUUGAUUUAUAAUGAAUAUCAACACAUGGUACAACGUCUAAUCGAUGCGACGGAAAGUGUGACGCCAACCUUAUACUUACAAUCAGCGGUAAUGAAUGUUUUAUGGGAGCUGACAGCAGGCACCAAGUUUGAAGACCCUAAGUUGUUAACGUUGAUGAGGAAACGAAGUUCAGCAUUUGAUUUGGCUGGUGGGCUGCUUAACCAGAUGCCGUGGUUACGGUAUUUGGCACCUAUCAGGACGGGUUACUCACUAGUAACCGAAAUCAAUCAUCAACUUUAUUCCUUGAUAUCUAAUAAUAUUGCGGAACACAAGAGAACGAUAACUGACACUACAAGGGACUUUAUUGACGCAUAUUUACAUCAAAUGAAAAAAGAAGAUAUAGAAAAUACAACGUUUACUGAAGAACAAUUGAUAGCUGUUUGUUUGGACUUAUUUAUUGCUGGAUCAUCAACAACUAGUGGUACAUUGGAUUUUGCUAUAUUGGCUAUGGCUCGGUGGCCAGAUGUCCAGACUAAAGUUCAAUCUAUUUUGGAUGAGAUCCAGCCUCCGGGAACGUAUAUUACAGCCGAACAAAUUCUUAAAAAUCGAUACGUGGAAGCGGUGCUAUUAGAGACGAAGAGGCUGAAUCAUGUAGCACCAAUUAUGGGUCCUAGACGUGUGUUAAGAAAUACAAAUCUUUGUGGAUAUAGUAUACCUAAGAAUACAACACUUUUGAUGAGUUUAUAUUCAGUACACCACAAUCCGUUGAAAUGGAAUGACCCUGAAGUUUUUCGCCCAGAGAGGUUUAUAGAUACAAACGGAAAACUCAAUACAAUUGAAGACAUGUAUUUUUUUGGAUUUGGAAAACGACGAUGUCCUGGUGAAGCGUUAGCACAGCGGUUCGUUAGCUUAGUAUUUGCCAAUUUAAUACAUGAUUUUAUAAUCGAAAUCGAUCAGUUAUCCGAUGGAGUAAAUUGUGGUAUACUUAUGACACCAAAGCCUUAUAAAAUCAAAAUUUCUAAAAGAAAAUGAACAUCUUAAGUGUAUUUUGUUUUUUACAUUAUUUCUUAAUUUCUAUGGCAGUGGUCAAUGGCGGUAAUACCUAUUUAUAUAACUGACUAUGGUAAGAUAAAAGUCAACGCAGAUUUUUAAAUUAUUACUUAAAAAUUAGUUUAUGUAUUGUUAAAACGAUGUUUUAUAUUCUGAGCGGAGUGAUAAAUGUAUUUGUUUUAGAAUGAUGUAUGUUUUUGUAUGUUCUCAUCACCUUGAUCACCAUGGCACGUGAAAAAAUUGAAAUUAUUAAAAGUUAUCUUAUUUAUAAAGUUUUCAUUUUAACUGUUAUAACAAAUUCAAAGAAACAAAUUAUAUACAUUUUAAAAAUUAUAAUUAUAAAAAAAAGGUGUGCUUACUGAA